AUGGCUCACACACCGACGGCGAAAAGGAGCAAAGCUGAAGCUUUACGCCGGGAAAAAGAAGAGCUUGCUGCGCAAUUGCGGGAGGAGCAGUGUAAGGAAAGAGCUGAGCGAAUCCGUAAAGAACGCGAGGAGAAAGCGUUAAGAGCUCAGCGACGAAGAGAACAAAAGGAAGCUGAAGAAAAGCAAAAGGCGGAAGCGCGGAAGCGAAAGGAAGAAUUGGAUGAGCGGAGGAGGGAGGAAUUUCGAAUCCAGAAAAGCCCAUCGUGA